AUGAAAAAAUCCAAUCGAAAAAAAUUCAAGACAACAGUUCAGCAUGAUCUAAAAACGAACCUAUUUGAUAUUUACAACUUAUUGAAAAUCUUUCUACGCUGUCUAGUCUAUUCAUUUCUACUCUGGUUGCUUGGUCGAUACGGUUUUUCACUUAUUUGGUUGAUCAUAUUCGCCCUUGUACAAACAAUCGAACGACGAUGGAAUUUACUACACCUUGAACGUCGAAAAUUCUUUGAAGAACUAACAACGGAUGUUCGUCCAGCGCUGGAAAAACGCUUGCAUGAAUUUCCUUCAUAUAUCUCCUAUCCUGAUUUUGAUCGAUGUGAAUGGCUGAACAAAUUUAUUGCCCAACUUUGGCCAACAAUAUCAGACUAUGUACAACAGCUAGUCAAAACUACUAUCGAACCCGAAAUCAAAAAACAGAUAUCCAGUCUUUCCUUCGAACGUAUCGAUCUCGGCGAUUUUCCACCACGUUUAGGUGGAAUCAAAAUCUAUACCGAAAACAUUCGAUCCGAUGAGAUUACUCUCGACACAGAAUUCUUCUAUGGUGGCGAUAUGCAAAUCAAAAUGAGAUAUCACAGUUUCAAAGCUGGUAUCAAAUCGCUUUAUCUGCACGGAGAACUACGACUGAUUCUCAAAUCGAUCGUAUCAAAACUACCGUUCGUUGGUGCUUUGGAAGUCUUUUUUCUACGAACACCAACCAUCGACUUCGAUUUGACAGAUAUUGCCAAUAUUAUUGAAAUACCGGGCUUACACAACCUACUGAUGUUAACAUUGGAACGAAUUCUACAAUCGAGCUUUGUUAUUCCGAACCGGUUGAUAGUUGCUUUCAUGAAUGAAAUCGAUAUUAAUCAACUGAGAUUUCCUCGGCCCGACGGAAUACUACGUAUUGAUAUUAUCGAGGCAAAACAUCUACCCAAACUCGAUCAUUCAUUAAUCCCAACUAAACAUGCUAUCGAUGCCUAUGUUACGAUAAGUAUCGGACAAUACAAAUACAAAACACAUACACAACGGCACAACAAUCCCGAAUGGUAUGAAACUUUCGAAGUUCCUGUCGAAGAGUCCAACACGCAACAACUUCAGGUAUCCAUAUUCGAUGCAGACUUCGGUACGGAUGAUUACAUCGGCACAAUAAAUAUUCCUAUUGAAAGUAUCAAAAAUGAAAACAAUCUUCUCGAUCAAUGGUACGAUCUAGCUGGUAGAACCAAUUCGACUAUACAUAUUCGUCUGAAUUGGUUCUAUCUGUCGACAAAUCAGAAGUAUUUUCAAGAAAUUCAACGAAUUAAUGUCGAACAUAUCCAUUCGAUGUUGGCAAAAAUUUCUCAUACAUUGUCAACCUCAUUGUUAAUUGUUUAUAUCGAACGAGCUGAACACUUGCCAUCAACUCAGCAUGGCAAAGCUCUUGAACCCUACCCAUUUUGUUCGAUCAAAAUUGAUAAUUACGAAGAAAAAACAUCGAUUAUCAAAAAUUCCACCAAUCCAUGUUGGAUGAAAAGUUUCAUGUUUAUGCUCGUUCAUCCCGAGCAAUCGUUACUACAAAUCAAUAUCAACGAUUCAAAUAGCAAAAACCAUCUCAUUGGCACAAUCGAAAUUUCAAUCAAAACUCUCCUCCAAGAGAGAGAUUGGUCAAUAAAUCGAGCGUAUCCAUUGAAAGGCUCUUCAAAUACGAAACUUUAUAUUCGAUUACAACUACAAGUCAUGACAAAAACACAUCCAACUAACGAUCCAUUUGUCAACACAUCACAAUCGACAUUGGUGCCUGAAACUGAUUCGCACAGUUCUAUGAAAACUAGUUUACAAGGAAGAAAAUCGAAAAUUCAAUUUCAUCUAAUUAAUCGACAUAAUGACCAACGUAUUCUCACUCAGCAAAAGUCUCCGCAACACAAAAGCUUCUCCUUUCUUCAAACACUGUUCUUAUCUUGCGUAAAAAAUCCACCGGAAGAAUAA